GCUGCCGUGCCCGGACCGCAGUGCAGCGCGUGUCGCGCACCAUGGCUGGGGUGCUGAAGAAGACCACUGGGCUCAUGGGACUAGCUGUGUCUGAGACUCCUCAUGAGCACCUGAGGAUACUGUAUACAAAAAUUCUUACUGCACUGCAGGACAUCCCCAAAGAUGCAGCAUAUAGGAAAUACACUGAACAGAUUGUAAAUGAACGGUUUAACAUGGUAAAAACAGAACCUAAUGUGCAAAAACUAGAAGACAAACUGAAAAGUGGUCAGAUAGAAGAAGUUAUUAGACAGGCUGAAAGUGAGCUCUCUCUAGCAAGAAAAAUGGCCCAAUGGAAACCAUGGGAACCAUUAGUUGAAGAACCUCCUACUGACCAAUGGCGAUGGCCAGUGUAAUAGUUUUAUGUCUAACUAUUUGAGAACUGAAAAAAACCCUUAAUUAUUGAUAUCAUGUUAAUAAAAAUGUCUUUAAAGAAAA